GUCACGAGCCACGAGUCACGAGUGUUUGCACUAUCUCGAAUCUCGACAAGAUUUCGACCUCGACACAAACAAAGUGUUUCCACGAAGUUGUAUAAAAACACUUUAUUUAUAUACCGGUGCGCGGUGUUUCGUUUAAUUCGUAUCGUAUCAGAUCAGCGGUAGUUCUCUCUACUCUAAGUGGACAAAUUUAGUUUUCUAAAAUGGCACAUACAUAUAAACUUACAUAUUUUGACUUCCCCGGAAAGGGUGAAGCAAUUAGAAUGAUCUUAAGCUAUGGAGAAAUACCAUUCGAGGACAAACGUAUCCAGAUGGGGGAUUGGCCAAAAAUUAAGCCAACUACUCCUCUUGGUCAAGUGCCGGUUUUGCAUAUAAACGACAAAAGCAUUACUCAAACUGGUCCAAUAUGUAGAUAUCUAGCUAAUAUUGUCGGUCUUGCAGGAAAUAAUAAUGAGGAAAAUUUGGAAAUCGACGUUGCUGCUGAGAUGAUUGGCGAUGUGUUAAAAACUGCAUAUGAAUACCGUUUUGAAACUGAUGAAACAAGAAAAGAGAAAGUUAAGGAGCGACUUCUGGAACUGAUGCCGAUCAUAUUUACAGUUUUAGAGGAAAAUGCAAUUAGGAAUCAAGGCUAUAUUGCUCUUGAUAGAGUUACUUUUGCUGAUAUAAUAUUCCUAUGUGCCUACGAAGACAUCAGAAAUAUUUUGGAAAAUACAGAUGUUAUAGCUGAUUAUCCAAAUCUUCAAGAGGUGAAGAAAAAUCUUCUAUCAAUAGAAAGUUUAAAAGAUUGGAUUCAGAAAAGACCAACUUUGCCGAUAUUUAUAUAUGACCUUAAAAACGAUAUUGCCAGUGAAUAAGUUUGGUUACCGUGUGUAUUGAAGAUUUAGAACAAAGGCACCACAAAAAGUUUUGAUAGGCACUUGAGAUUAUUAUUUAAUGUAAUAUGAUAAAAUUGAAUUCUUGUUUGAUUUUUCGGGACAAGUAUUUUAAGAAAAAAUCUAACUCUAAUCAAGAAAAAUUUUCAAUCAUGUCUAAUGUACGAAAGUUCGAUCUCAUUUCCGAAUAUGUACAUAUUUCUAAAAGAAUUUAGCUAAAAUAUAUGUACGUUAUAAAAUGA